AGAAUUUCAACUCCCGUACAACGGCAAAUCCACGUAGGCCCGUCAGUCAGUCAGUUUGUCGGAUAGUCAAGUGUCAAGGUGCUUCACAAGCCAGCAGUUUUCCAGUCCUCGUUAAUUAAAGUUUUGAUAGAUAAUUAAAAUGCCGGCAGCUCCAAGUGCAACCUCAGUAGGCUCUGGAGGAAAAUCUCCAAGUCGUGCUGUUGCUGCACCCAGAACCAGUGGCUCUGGAACUGUCAGACAGAGAAAAACGACAGUUGCAACAUCCGCUAGGAAUAGAAAUACUGGAACCAGCUCCGGGGGCAUGUGGAGAUUUUACACUGACGACUCCCCUGGAAUUAAAGUUGGACCAGUUCCAGUCCUCGUAAUGUCUCUCCUCUUCAUCGCAUCCGUAUUCAUGCUCCACAUCUGGGGAAAAUACACGAGAUCCUAAACACCUAGAGCUCAAAAAAAUAAACAAACACUGAAGACUAUGUGAUGUUUAAUCUCCACCAUUCUGCACCGAGUGCAUGAAAAAAAAAUUCACGAUAUCUCAGUUAGUGGAGUAAAUCCCUGCAUUUAUUUCCAUAAAUGUGUUUCAUCAGUGAAGUUGGUGGUGUCCAUUGCAGAUCUACGGAUUUAUUUAAAUUGUAUUAAUUUAAUCAACAAAAACACUGUAAAACAUAGAACUCAACAUUUUGAUAUGUCAUUUGAACUGCAUAAUUGAUAAUAAAUCAAUAAUUCUGUUA